UAGACGUAAUCAUUCGAUAGAUUUGCAAAGGAUAAUCUAUUGUACUUUUCAAUGCAGAGAAGAAUGGUUUAAAUAAACUUGGGAUUCAGUUAAUGGCUUGCAAUAAAUGUGGGAUUCAAUACAAAUUGACAACUUGCCUUGCAUAAAAAUGCUUACCUAAAUCUGUCAAAUACAGCUUCCAUAAAAAAUUAUCUGCAAUUAAAUUGCAAUGUUGUUGAGGAUAGAUUCGAGUUAAAUCUGUCAGUCUAUCAAGACGAGCUCAGGCAAUUCUAGGACUACCAACGGGGCCUUGCAGCUAUCCGACCCUGAUCUCGUGUUUCGUUAGCAUCUGUAGCCUGCCAGCAGUAUAGUUCUCGGUGAGGCCGGGGAGGCGGAACACCAUUGACGAUACAAAAUAACAUAAAAGCUACACGAAAUAUAUAGAGCUAAAACUACAACGUCAGACGACGAACAAAGACCGAUAGCCUAAAGAUGCCUUCAGCAACAGUUGGCAACAAUGCUGUUCAGUCCUCCAGCCCAGAGUUGGGUUCUGGGACCCAGUCUGAGGCCAUGAAGCAGGUCCUGCAGGUGAUAGACAAGAAGGUCCGCAACAUGGAAAAGAAAAAGGGCAAGCUGGAUGACUACCAGGCCAAGAAGAAUAAAGGAGAACGGUUGAACCAGGAUCAGCUGGAUGCCUUGACCAAGUUCCAGGAAGUAACCAACAACCUGGAUUUUGCAAGGGAGUUGCAGAAGAGCUUCCUGUCUUUGGGGCAUGAGAUCCAGAAGGCAGUGAAGAAGUCUGCCCGGAGGGAGCAGCUGCAGCGGGAGGAGACGGAGCAGAGGCGGCUGAAGACUGUUCUGGAGCUGCAGUUCUUGCUUGACCGGCUGGGGGAUGAGCAGACGAGGCAGGACCUGAAACAGCCCGCUGCAGGCUCCCCCCUGCUCACCGAUGCUGACCUCACUGCACUGGACAAUUUCUACAAGCUGGUGGGCCCUGAACGGGACCAUGACGUCAGGUUGACUGACCAGUAUGAGGGUGCCUCCCUACACCUAUGGGAACUGCUAGAGGGCAGAGACCAGGCUGUGGCAGGAACAACAUACAAGACACUGAAGGAGACCCUGGACAAGGUGCUGCUGAGUGGCUAUUUUGACAGAGCACAAACGCAUCAGAACGGAGUGUGUGAAGAAGAGGAAGAAGAAGAGGAGGAGGAGGAGGAGGAGGAGCAGCAGCAGCAGUCUGUGGUGCAUGAGUCGUCUGGGAACGGGGAGCAGCCUGCAGAACCAGAAGGAACAGUUACUGAAGAAUACAUAGAGGCCAUUGAAGUAGAAGCCUCAGAGUUUGUAAACAGACAGUUGAUUCCAGAAACCACAUACAGCAGCACUGGCAACGACCAAGUAGAGGAGUGGAUAGCAGACGUCCAGGUGGUCAAUGCCCUCCAGCACCAUUCUCCUCCCCAAAUGACCCCUGAGCCCCACACUGUGAACCCAGUCUCCCACACGCCUGACCCCGUGGUCCGGAAGCAGGUUGUACAGGACCUCAUGGCCCAGAUGCAGGGGACCUAUAACUUCAUGCAGGACUCCAUGUUGGAGUUUGAUGGCCAUGCCCUGGACCCAGCCAUCGUGUUGGCCCAGCCCAUGAAGUCUGCACAGAGCAUGGACCUGCAGCAGAUGGGUCAGUUUCAUUCAGAAUCCAGACUUUCUCAACCAAGCUCAGUUCCUGAAUCUACACACAUCCCCAUGGUCUCCCCCACACCUGAUGGCUACUCCUCCACAGCGCCCCUCUACCAGCCCUCCCACACAGCAGAGCCCCGGCCACAGACAGACGGCACCGACCACAUCCAGGCCUCGAUGUCCCUGUCGUCUGAGCAGUCCCCCGCCCCGUCCUCCUUGCCCUCUGCCUUCCCGCCCGUCUCCACCCCCCACAGCGGCGGCAUCAAUGUCAACGCAGCACCAUUCCAGUCCAUGCAAGCGGUGUUCAACCUGAACGCCCCCGUGCCCCCCACUAACGAAGCAGACAGUCUGAAGCAGAACCAGUUCCCCGGCGGCUACGGCCAGGGCUUCAGCAGCCAGGCCGAGCACUCCUUGGAGGAGCCUGACAUCCAGCAGGACACUCUACAGUCCGCUGUAGGAGGCUUCCACACCCAAGACCAAGUGAUGUCAGCGGCAGCGGGCCACCAGGUGCAGUCGUCCCAGGGGCCAGGCUUUGGGCGGCAAGGCCAGUCCUUCUAUAACAGCAGGGGGGGCGUGCCUCGCGCAGGCCCCAGGAACCCUCGGGGCAUGAUCAAUGGAUACCGAGGAUCCUCUAACGGCUUCAGAGGAGGAUAUGAUGGCUAUCGCCCUCCCUUCUCGAACACUCCAAACAAUGGUUAUGGGCAACAGGCCCAGUUCAGCACGGCGCCCCGGGACUACCCCAACAGCACCCACCAGCGGGAGGGAUAUCAGCCAGGCUACAAGCGGGGAGCAGCCCAGGGACCUCGGGGUUGCUCUCGAGUUACAGGCCGGGGGGGACUGUUCAAGCCCAGCCGAGGGAUUGUGACCCAAAUGGCUGGACAUCAAGCCAAUUAGUCUUGGAUACCAACAACUCUCUACCCUCCACCUAGGGCAACCUUAAACAUCACCUCUACACUCCUGGACCAUCCUUCCCCUGAUCUGACUAUUCCUCUCCAUAUCAACCUCUAGGUUGAUUUGGUGAAGCCUGGGUCUGAAGCCAUACGUACCACCCUUAGCUCUCCUACAAUCAUAUGCUAUUGCAUAGCCUUAAACUGAUCAAGCUGGAACGUGUGUGCCUUUGCUGUUGGACUGUUUAUUUGGGUCUUUGCUUAAUAGGAAAUCAUUUACAAAAACUGGCUGAAGCUAGUGACAGGCUUUGGAAGCAUGACAUGAAAGACCAAACAAUAUGUUGACUGCGGUCAUACCACACAAGGAAAUGUUUUGUCUCAAUGUGAAGAUUGUUUAUACUGUACAUUGUAUUGCCAUGGCAUGUUUGGGAGUAAAGUCUGCACGUGUAGUCUAAGCAGGUUGUAGGUCUGACUGAAUGACUGAUUUACCCAAAAUGAAGAUUUCUUGUGCGUACAUUUUGCUCUGGCCAUAUGGUAGCUGAUAAGAGUGAUGCACUGAAUAAAUGCACUGUUCUGUAAA